CUUUAUUCGACCUCAUUCCACCUCUUAGACCAAACCUCAAAAAUGGUCAAGAAAGCAGCGAUACCAGAUGCAUGGGACGACGAUUGGGAGUCCUUGGCUGACAAGGAAGCUGGAGGGGUACAGCUCACUCAACCGCCAGAGGAAGAAGUCAAGAUCAGCAAGGCGGAGCGAUUAGCACGACACGCGGAAACGAACAAGAAGAUCUGGCAAUCGGCGUAUGGAAACCCUGCAUUAUAUAUUCUAUACAUAGCUAAUAGUGACACACAGCGAAGAACCCGAAACUUUCCACUACCUCGCAGCGCAUGACAAUGUCCCCCUCAAAACCGAGUUCAAGCCCGCUCUCAAAGUACUGAGUCGCAAACCAACGCCCAAAGCAGUUCAAAAGAUUGACCCCGUAACCGGACUGGCGAAACUCACCUUGGAGGAUGAAGAUGACGAGGAAGACGAGGUAAAGAAUCGACCGAGUCCGGAAGAACUACGACUCAAGGCGCAAAAAGAACGGGAGGAGAAGCAGAAGAGGUAUGAUGAAGUGCGCGCCAGGAUUAUGGGUACUUCUGGAACAUCCUCACUUAGUAGUGGAGUAGUGACACCGCCCACGUCGUCAGAAGGGAAUAGGAAUAGGGGGAAGGGUCGAGGUGGUCUACGACAAGAAGCUGCUCGACCAACUAGUCAAUCUGGUAGACCAGUCAGCCAAUCGAGCUCGAAGGAGUUAUAUGAUCCGGAUUAUACGUCAAAGCCAGGUGUGGCCAUGCAGAAACGCAGUGGAGAAGGUUCACGAACUGAACGCUCAACACCUCGUGACGAAGAACAGAUUAUUAGAUCACCAAAAGGGCCAGAUGGAGCUGGGAGAGGGUUCGGGUUCGCCAGGGGUGGGAAGAAGAGUUGAUUUUCUACUCUACCAUUACCACCCACCACCACUCUUGGAAGCGAUCUCAAUCACUCGCUGGGUAUCGUCAACAACCUUUCCAACAUCGCUGACCACUUCGCGAUAACUCGUAUACGCCAACCUAUCUAAAUCUAUGCCAGUGGUGACCGCCCAAUGCGCCAGGGUAUCUUUUAUAUAAGUAGGCGAAAUACCGUCAACCGUAUCAUGACAAUCCUCUGGAAGAGUUUCUUCUUCCGUACUGUCCUCUCCAGACCAAUACGCCUCAUCUACUCGAGCUAGCCAAGCCUUUCGUUCCAAAGGACCAGGCUUUGACUCUGAAGGUUCGCGCCCAGAGAUCACUGGGUCAUCAACUUUUAUUUGUCCACCGCCAUUUGUACAACCUCCUGGACAAGCCAUAACCUCAACAUAGGAAUAUUCGGGCCCACUGGAUUUCCCAGCUUUUCGAGCACUUCCCAUAGGCUUGCCUCCUGGCAUUCGGGACGGUCUAGCUGGCUUCAAUCUUCGGACGAGAUUUUGAAUAUUUCGGAAACCGUAAUAUCGCGCUGCCGUCAAAAGAAUUUCUCCGGCGGCGGACAUGACCUUAUACUCUUGGACGUCCACAUUUCGACCUCGAGUUGUCUGGAUAGAAGCACCUGGAUGCUGAGAGACAAAAUAUUGAAGAAUAUAAUAUAGAUUCCCUCCUGAGCUCCCAGAAGCUUGAUUGCCAUUCUUCCGUCGUCUGUGGGGGAAGAGGAAAGAAUUUAGUUUAGCAUCUGGGAAUGGAAUGUUUCGUGGUAGAGGGCCUCGAGGAAGCUUUGAAAAGUCGACACGUCUAGAGUCAGCAAGCAUAAGCAGCUCUUUGCUAGUGAUCACACAAUCGACAUCUCGAACCCCUCGAGUUCCCGUCCCUUCCCAAACAGCAUCUGUAAGUUCUUCUCGACUAGCUUCCAGCUUCUUGUCAAAACAGGGCAUGAUGGCUACAUGCC